GCGAGAGAGUAUUUACGGAUUUGUAAGUAACAAUGGAUGAAUAUCAAUACCCGUUGUUCUUUAAGGCGAAGGAGCUUAGAGGCAAUGAGAAGGAGAAGAUCAGGAGGUACUUUCAGAAAAGAAGAGACUCUGGGGGAGGUGAUUGUGGAUUUAUCGAAAAGGUCAGAGAUAAAACCUACCGAAUCUGCUUCAAGGAAAAGAAAGACCUGGAAAGAGUUUUGGAAAGAAAAGUGCACAUCAUCGAUCUGUCUUGGGAAGAGCUCCACCUGACUGUGAGCCGGACCGAUUCUCCUCACAGCCCCGGACACACAGAUCAGCCAUCCAGCAGCCACUCACAGACGUGUGCAAAAGGGAACACUAAAGGUCUUGAGAAGAUUUUCAAGAUAGACAUUUUUCUCCUGUAUUACCUGAGAGACAACCCCAAAGCAUCCAAAGUAUUAAAAAAGCAACUCUCCUCAAUCGGCUGCACAGUGGAGUUCAACAUAGAUGAAGAGGAGGCAGUGGUGAGGGGGGAUAUUGAGAAGGGGCCUGGAGGGGCGUCUGGUGGUGCUGCAGAGAAAUGGGAGCUACAAGUUGAUCGGGUCUUUAUCAAUCUCACUGACAGCUACCUCUGCCAUCAUGUGUUUGAUCGAAAACAAAUCAAAAUGCUGCUGCAGGACUCUUCCUUUGCAAAUGCAUCCAAAAUUCAGGGAUCUUUGAAGAAAAUCAGACAACAGAGGGAGAGAAUGGGAGACACGUUCAGACACUCUUCUGAAGAAGUUAUUGCCAACGCGUUUGAAGCCCUUUCUAAGCUACGAGCAACAAGGAACCAGAUUCAGCUGUGUCUGGACAGGACGAAUCUCUUUCAUACUGCCAGAGAUCCACCAUCCACCAGUCAGUCACAGAAGGAAUGCCCUGUCGAGGAGGAGCAGUUUAAACUGGUGGAGGAAGAGUUUACUCGAGUAAUGUCUACGCAUUACCCAGUGGUUAAAAUUCUCAGAAGCAAAGGAAAUACAAUUACCCUGAAGGGCCCCAACAAUGAGGUGCAGUCAGGAGCUGCGAAACUUGAUGAACUCACUAAAGAAGUGUUAGAAAAGAGAAUUAAACUUCCCAUUGAUUUAAUAACCUUCAUUAAAACCAGUGAUGCCAUCUUCAAGUACCAGACUCACUUCCAGAGCUUCAAAAAUCCCGUUUCCUUAAAGGUGGAAUCGGACCUGGUUCUGUCCAGUUUGUCGUCUCAUUCCUUGGAUGACGCUUUCCAAACACUGCUGAAUGAUCUGAGCGUGGAGAUCGUGAAGCUGCAGGGUGCUGCAGCUGUAUCUCCUGAUCUAGACAGAAUGAAAGAAAUCCUGAUCAAAGCCAAGAAUGAGGCAAACCGUGGGAAGCUCAGAGUGGACGUCAGCUUCAUCUCAGAACCCAGAAAACCUGUAGUGACCAAAGUACGACUGGUGGGCUACAGUGAAAAUGUCAACAAGCUCAAAGAGGUUCUUCAUGACUACCAGAUUAAUCAGGCUGUGAUAGAAGAAGAGCUGAAGCUGCCAAACCCUGACCUGGUUUACUGUUUUCAUGAAAUCUUAGACUGGAUUGACAUGAAGCAGAGGAAAGUGACAUUUAAAUUUUUGCAUUCUCCGAAUCCUUGUGUGCUCUUGUCUGGUCGCCGCUGUCAUGUUCGGGAGGCCAAGCAGGCCCUAAUGCCUGCUCUAGCCACUCUGAUAUCAGACACCUUGGUUCUAGAUGGACCUGGGGCUUGGCGGUACUUCCAAGCAGAUGGCAAAGUGAGCAAAGAGCUGGUAGAAAGCUCCUUUAAGGUCCUUAUCAGGGGACGGAAAGGUGCACUACUGACAAAUGUGAAAACCGAACCACAAAGCAUCAGCAGCAUCUACAGCAUCACACCCACAUCUUCUAUUAUCAGACGAUGGUGCCAAACUCCUGCAGACAUGACAGCCAACAAACCAAAACUGGAGAUUAAGCUUGGCAGUUUAGUGGAUGAGCAGGUGAAUGUGCUGGUGGUCCCCAUGCUCGGUAUGCAGUUAGGUUCCACCAAUAUUGGAAAAUGUCUACUGAAGAAAGCAGGAAAUGCAAUCAGGAGAAGCUUUGACCUGAUGGCAGCAAAGGGUGUCGUCGUCCCUGGUGAUGUUCUGCAGGUCGACGGGCCUCCGUCUCUCGGCUGCUCCAAGAUCUUCUUUAUUGAAUGUCAGCGAUGGGACGGAGUCAACGGACAGAGUGAGCAGGCACUUGGCAACGGGCUGAAGAGGUGUUUGGACCUCUGUGUUCAGCAAGGCUGGAGCUCUGUGGCCCUGCCAGUCAUCGGACCUGGCGUGGCUCUACAAUACCCUUGGAGAAAAGCUUUCCAAGUGCUGACUGAGAAAAUUUGCCAGUUUGCAUCUUCCUCUUCCUCCGGGUCUCUCUCCAACAUCCACAUCGUCAUCAAACCCGAUCAUUACUCUGAAGAGUGCUACCAUGACGUCUAUCAACACCUCAAGUUGAAAAUUCAACAGGGAGGCCAAGCAAUCUUCAGGUCUCUCACCAGUGAUCUCGAUGACGUCGUCGUGACCGUGGGGGGCGGGGUUAAACUUCAGCUAGUGUUUGGUGACAUCACCAAUGAGACGACCGACGCUGUGGUGAACACGACUGACUUCACAAAUUUUCACACUGAUGGUACGUGCAAAAAUAUCUUAUCAGUGGCUGGACCAAGUGUGGAGGCUAUGUUGAAAACGGGUAAGAGAAGAGGAAAACAUUCCCAAACAAAACACCUACAAAACAGCUUCUUACAGCUUUUUCUUGUUUUGUUUGCAGCAACAGUGAACCAGGGAGCUGUUUUCAGAACCCCACCCGGAUCGUUCCCAUGUAAAGCCAUUUUACAUGUGCGUGAAGAAAAGGAUGCAGGCGCCAUUGAACAACUGGCGUGUCGCAUCAUUCAGCAUUGUGAAUCCUUUGGAUACCAGUCUGUGGCCAUCCCUGCCAUCUCUGCUGGAGCUGAUGGGCUGGAUCCUGCCAUCCUCCAAGGGAUCAAGACUGCGACUACAUCCUCCUCCCUCCUUUGUCUGACCAGCAUCCGUCUCGUGCUGAUAAAGAUUAACGAUUUCUUGACAUUUAAGAAGCAAAUAAUGCAGACGUUUCCACCUGCUGUAAUCAACACGGUUCCUCAGCCGCUGCAUCUGUUACAACGGUCCCCAGUGUCUGUAAACCCAGACCUAAGCAUCCUCCAUUCUGGUUCUAGUCAGCAGUCAGUCUUCUUGUUCGUGGGUCGCUCCAGAAAGAAUGUUAAUGAUGCCCUGGUGGCGCUGAAGAAGCUGUAUCAGGAUCACUGCUCCACCAAAACCUUCACAAGGGAAGACCUAGAAGACCUGACCCAGGAUGAUGUCAAAACCCUGAAGCAGCUGGUGGAGACUGAGGGCCUCUAUGUGAAGGAGGACCAGCCUGGCCGGGGCGGCUUGACGGUGAGCGGGUUGAAAGACGGCAUCAACCAGGUGGAGCAGAUGCUUCACACCGCAACUCCGCUUAGGAAAGAAAUGAGGGUCAGAGAGGAGGAUGAUUUGUACUCUCGUGUGACUUGGUGCAUCCUGGGACCUAAUGGCAGCUGGGACAGACUCCCCAAAACAGCCAACCUCAACCUGGAACGUAAUAAUGUCACAAAAGGCAUAGUGGACGCACAGGGAAUCCUGUGGAGUGUAGAUCUAGGGAAGAUGGAGGCCAUAAGACGAGUCAUGGGAACGACCACCAAGCUGAAACGACAUGAGCAUCUGUCAGAUUUCACUUUCCCCCUUUACUGGGACACUAUGGCUGAUGGGGAAAAUCUUAAAGUGGUUGCACUGGAGCCUUCCUCUGCAGAGUACCGCACAGUAGAGAAAGCCUUCAGACAAACUGUCCAACAGACUGUAUUAAAGAUUGAGCGUUUACAGAAUGUUUACUUGCGUCGCACCUAUGAAGCGCGGAAAAAUCACAUUUCAGGAAAGAACGCACGUCAUGUUGGAGCAGGUGAAAAGCUUCUGUACCACGGAACGAGUCAGGAGACCUGUGAGUCCAUCAAAACAAAUGGCUUCAACAGGGCUUUUGCAGGGAAGCACGCAACUUCAUAUGGUCAAGGAACUUACUUUGCUGUAAAAGCCAGCUACUCAGCCCAUACCACCUACUCAAAGGUAGCAGAUGAUGGUUCUCAGGCCAUGUUUGUGGCCCGAGUUCUGACUGGCUGCUACACUCAGGGCCACAGCAACAUGAGGGUGCCUCCACCUCGCCACAGCCAGCAGUCCCAUGACCAUUACGACAGCGUGGUGGAUAGAACAGACAACCCAUCCAUGUACGUUGUGUUCCACGAUAACCAAGCUUACCCAGAGUACCUCAUCACCUUCUGUCGUUGAGGGGAUUUAGAAUUGGUAAUGUCCUCACUCGUGUUUGGCUCAAAUCCCUGUUGAGCAUUUAUGUGCACUAUUUAAAAUAGUGGCACGAAGCACUGGUCGAGUGGUAAAAAGACAUCCAAGCAGGUAAUGAUCACUCAAAUCGAGCUAUGUUUGCUGUUUCCUUGUUUUUUUUUAUUGCCAUUUGGAGCAGCCCAUAGUCUGAAGAGACAAACUCUUUCUUUAUUUCUGAUAUUUGUUCUUUACUACCCACCAUAUUAUUCAGGAUUAUUAAGGAUGAACUAGCAUCAUUUCUGUUGGACUUUAAAGCUAACCCCCUAACUUUUAUACACACUUGUCUCAGGUUUGUUAACAGCUGAAGCUAAAAUGCAAGAAUAUGUGGAAAAUCAUGACAAAAUGUGUGACCGAAUACAGAAAUAAAUGCAUGUAGAAAGAGCGAAUCGGCAAUUUACAUGUUCGUUGUCGGAGUUUCUGAUCAUCAGUUACUGUACGAAGUUUUAGAAAGUGUUGUUCAUAAACUAAAGCUGGUAGGAUAAUAACCAGGUAUCACGUCAUUGCUCUUGAACUUUGUCUUCAGCUGCAGGAGGAGGUUGUUUUCCUCACCAGUGAACCAGGAAGUGGACUCUGGUAGGAUGAGAGUUAUCUGUGUCAUCUUGUGCACACACACUGUUAGAUCUGAUCAUAUAAUGGCAAUAAGAAGCCAACAGUAAGUCAUGGCUGAGUGUAUCUGUGCUUCCAACUGAAACGAGUCAGGUCUCUAUCUACAUAUGUGAAUAAUGUUUGUUUACAGUCAAAUUGCUUUAUUUGAAUUGCAUUUGCAGACUUGCACAGCCGUCAGAAGGCAUUUUCUUCCCUUUAAUAACAAAAACGAAGCACUGCUGAUGUAAAAACGCUGUCAUUUUGACUGCAGACCGCAUAAUUACAUGUGACUUCUGUUUUAUUAAAAAUUUUCUGGAAGUAAAA